AUGGCGGGAAAAUUCCUAGGAUUUAUGGUGUCUCAAAGGGGCAUCGAGGCCAACCCGGACAAGAUCUGGGCCAUAAUGAAGAUGGCAUCACCAAGAAAUGUGAAGAAAGUACAAAGCCUCAAUGGAAAAAUAGCAGCACUAAAUAGGUUCGUGUCAAGGGCAACAGACAAGUGUUUGCCCCUCUUCUGCACACUGAAGAGAUCAUUUGAGUGGACUGCCGAGUGUCAGCAAGCAUUCGAAGAGUUAAAGGCUUAUCUCUCUUCCCCGCCGCUACUAAGUCCAUCGCAGCCAGGAGAAGAGAUUUUCCUUUAUCUGGCUGUCUCCCUCGCAGCCGUCAGCGUUGCCUUAAAAGAAGAAAGAGUACAAAAGCCCAUAUAUUACGCGAGCUGGGCGCUUCGCCAUGCCAAAGAAAGAUACCCACCUAUGGAGAAAUUUGCCUUUGCAUUAGUUACGGCAGCUUGCAAGCUCAAGCCAUACUUUCAAGCCUAUACGGUGAACGUCCUGACCGACAAGCCCCUACGACAGGCGAUUGGUAACCCUGAAGCUACGGGCCGACUGGCGUUAUGGGCUAUAGAGUUUAGUAAGUUUGAUAUCCAGUACCGCCCACAGACUGCCAUCAAAGGACAGGUCGUCACAAACUUUAUAGCAGAAUUCACUCACGACGAAGACAAGGGUGUAGAAGAGUCCCCUCAUUGGAGCAUACAUAUAGACAGAUCAUCCAACAGACAAGUCAGGGGGGCUGGCAUCAUACUAUCGUCACCCGAAGGAGACACGGUUGAAUGUAUAGUCCGUCUCGACUUCCCUACCACCAACAAUGAAGCGGAGUACGAAGCGUUAGUAGCAGGCCUUGACCUCGUCAAAGUAACGGGAGCCGCAAGCAUAGUCAUUUACUGUGACUCUCAGGUAGUUGCUAACCAAGUAAAUGGAGACUAUGAGUGCAAGAGCGAAAGGAUGAAGAGAUACCUUGAUCGAGUAAGGAAAAGAGUAGACGACCUAGAGGCCAAAAUCAUCCAAAUCCCCAGAGGAGAAAAUGAGCAAGCCAACCGUCUUGCCAAAGCCGUUUCAGUAGAACAUAUGAUCACCCCCGGUAAUGUACUCUCUUUUGUUCAGCUUUCUCCACUAAUAGAUUUCGGCAACAUACAGGAGAUAGGCUCUGAAAGUAACUGGACCACAACGUUAGUUUCAUACUUAAAAAACGGGGUCUUACUAGACGGGAAGGAGGCUAUAAGAAAGCUGAAGGUCCAGGCAACGAGAUUCGUCUUGAUAAAAGAUGUCCUGUACAAAAGAGGCUUCUCCCGUCCAUAUCUGAGAUGCUUGGGUAUGAAAGAGGCAGACUACGUCAUGAAGGAGGUACAUGAGGGGAUUUGCGGAAACCAUUCGGGGUCAAGGUCACUAGUACACAAGCUUGUGCGAGCAGGGUACUAUUGGCCUACCAUGCAGAAGGAUGCCGAGGCUUAUGUCAAGACCUGCGACAAAUGCCAAAUGUUCAACAAUAUUACUAGACAACCAACCGAAAAGUUGACCUCGAUGACGGCCCCAUGGCCGUUCGCUCAGUGGGGAUUAGAUAUUAUGGGACCAUUCCCUACAGCAUUACGACAGCUGAAAUUCCUGGUAGUGGGCAUUGACUACUUUACAAAGUGGGUGGAAGCUGAAGCCUUGGCCACCAUCACGGAGAAGAACGUGUGGAGUUUCAACUGGAAAUGCAUCGUAUGCAGGUUUGGCAUCCCUAGAGUCUUAGUCUUGGAUAACGGGAAGCACUUCAACAACGACUCCUUCCGGGACUUUUGCUCACAGACAAUGGCAAGAACGCCCACAGGAGAAACACCAUUCCAACUAAUAUACGAGAGCGAAGCAGUCAUCCCGGCUGAAGUUGGACUCACAAGCUACAGGAUACACAACCAUGACGAAAGCAAGAACGAUGAGGCCAUGCGAUUACAGCUUGACCUAGUGGACGAAGUCAGAGCGACAGCAGAACAAAGGCUCGCAAGGUACCAGAACCGCAUGGCCAAGCAUUACAACUCCCGAGUCUGA